CGUAACGAGGGGAGGUAACUCUUGUAGGGUUGAGUUUCACUGACACAUUUGUAGUCUGCUUGGGUAUCACUUCUGUCACGUCUUUCAAAGUAGGUCGGUAUACAGGCACCUGAGCUGGAUUACGGGUUUAUUUUGUACCACUUUAAGACAUUGUAUACACAAACGCAUACAUGCGUGUACUGUAUAUUUCACCGUACACACAGGAGACAGUGAGCAAGUAACGAGAUUACACCUUAUGUCUCUGCAUAGCCUAUACCUGUACUGAUGCUCAUAAACUAGCCACGGGACCACAAUACCCGCCAAAAUGCUUGUGACAAAUGACAGUAAAAAUGAUCAGAAGAAACCUGUAGCAGUGAUGUUUCCUCCGUCAUCACAGGAGCCAACAGCAAGGGUGGUCUUACAGGAGCAGGGGAGGAGAAAGGGCGAGGAAUUCGGAUUAUCAGAGGCAGUUACCAUCAAAUACUCUUAUCCUAUGAAAAUCCUUGUACCAGAACAUAUUGGCAAUGGUACCUGUCGCUGGAUUUUCCCCGUCACAUUUGGUGGAGGGUUGGUAGGCGGAGACAAGGUUUCCAUGGAGAUUGACAUCCAAGAUGGCUGCUGUGGUCUACUGACAAGUCAAGAAGCCACUAAGGUCUAUCAUUGUGAAGAUGUAAAGGAGACAACCCAGUCCUUUAAAUAUACAGUUGGUAAAGAGGCCCUGCUUUGUGUGUUACCAGACUACAUUGUCUGUUACAAGGACGCAGCCUAUAAACAGACACAGGAGAUACAGCUGUGUAACACUGCCAAUGUUGUGUACCUGGACUGGCUGACAGCUGGCAGGAUAGCUAGAAACGAAGAAUGGCAGUUCAGCAGGUAUUUUAAUAGAACAGAAAUCAAGGUGGAUGGAGCAUUGAUUUUUAAGGAUCAGGUACUGAUGCAGGAUUCACCGUACAUUACCGUUCAUCAGUCAAUGAAGAACUAUAAAGUGUUAGGUACCUGUGUACUACUGGGUAAUUACAGGUGCUAG